GUCCUGCAAUUCACAGAAGCUCAUCCAGACCAGCAAGUGUCGCUGUAGCGCAGGAGCGUUCACAACAAACCAUCCAGCUUGUUGUUGGCGGAAGUAUAUCAUACUUCUGUCUUGUAGUUCAUUUAAUUCUCCAUGUGGCUGUAAUGGUCACGCUUACUUCAUUCUGUAUUCUCUAAAGCAUUCAAAAUGGGUAAAAAGGGUAAAAAAGAAAAGAAAGUGAAAGGAGCGGUGAAAACCGCCGCCAAAAUGGAGAAGAAGGUGUCAAAACGAUCGAAAAGAGAAGAGGAGGAUUUAGAGGCUUUAAUAGCAGAAUUUCAGUCUCUGGACGCGAAAAAGACGCAGGUGACCGAGAGUGUGUGUGACCCUCCGUCACCCAGGUUGAACGCCUCUCUAUGUGCGCAUCCUGAAAAAGACGAGCUGAUUUUAUUCGGAGGGGAAUUUUUCAAUGGGAAGAAAACUUUUCUAUACAAUGAAUUAUUCUUCUACAACAUUAAGAAGAACACCUGGGUGAAGGCCGAGAUCCCGAACCCUCCUCCAAGACGCUGCGCUCAACAGGCAGUGGUGGUUCCCCAGGGUGGGGGGCAGAUGUGGAUAUUUGGGGGGGAGUUUGCGUCCCCUGACGGCGAGCAGUUCUAUCACUAUAAAGAUCUGUGGGUGCUUCACCUGGGCACACGCACAUGGGAGCAAAUCAAAGCUCCUGGCGCUCCGUCUGGCAGGAGUGGACAUCGCAUGGUCCUGAGCAAACGACAGCUACUUGUGUUUGGAGGUUUCCAUGAGAGCACCAGGGAUUAUAUCUAUUACAAUGAUAUCCAUGCAUUUAACCUGGACACAUUGACAUGGAGCCGUCUCCAGCCCACAGGAACUGGCCCAUGUCCACGUUCAGCCUGUCAAAUGACCCCCACUCCCGACGGCAAUGGCAUCAUCAUCUAUGGCGGAUACUCCAAAUCUAGAGCGAAGAAGGAUGUGGAUAAAGGAACCAUUCAUUCUGACAUGUUCCUGCUGAGGCGGGAAGGCAAAGAGGAGCAAGAAAAGUGGACAUGGACACGAGUGAACCCUGCAGGAGUGAAGCCCCCUCCUCGUUCUGGCUUCUCAUUGGCUGUGGGCCCUGGGGGCCGAGCGCUCCUCUUCGGUGGCGUCUGUGAUGAGGAAGAUGAGGAGUUUUUGGAUGGAGAUUUCUUUAAUGAUCUUUACUUUUAUGAUAUCAACAAAAAUCGGUGGUUUCCUGCCCAGCUAAAGGGAAACAAGUCAGAAAAGAAGAAGAGGCGCCGUGGGGCGAAGGUAGAACAGACGAAUGAAACUGAAGAGGAGAAAGAGGAGGCACGGGGUCCCACCGAGAUUGUUAAAGAGAUUGUCGCCGAGGACGGAACGGUUAUGACCAUCAAGGAAGUGAUUCCAGCCGCACAGGCAGAGGAGGACAUUGAGGACGAAGAGGAGGAGGAUGACGAAGAGGUGGAGGCUGCUGCAAUGGCUUCCCUGGUGGAGCCCUGUCCUCGCUCUAGCGCCAUGGCAACAGUAAAGCACGGCAAGUUGUACUUGUAUGGCGGAAUGUUUGAGGUGGGGGAUCGACAGUUCACCCUCAGCGAUCUCUACAGCCUGGACCUGCAUAAGAUGGACCUGUGGGACGUCCUAGUGGAAAUGGACCCCAAGACGCAGGAGUGGCUGGAAGAAUCAGAAGAGGAAGAUGAAGACGAAGAAGAGGAGGCAAAGGGAGGUGAUGAGGAGGAGGAUGAUGAGGAAGAGGACGAAUCUGAAGAGGAGGGUGAAGAAAAUGCGGACCAUCCCCCAGUAAAUCCCGGAGAAGCUCUUGUGGAUUAUCAAACACGGACUGAGAAGUAUUGGCUGGGUCUGGCCAGAGCAAACAUGGGUCCUGAUGCCAAAGAGAAGAAAGUACAAAAGGUCGCCCACGCCAUGGCAAAGGUGGUCUUUGAGGAUCAGGAAUGAGAUUAAACAAGUGUGCGUGUGCUAAGAUAAUUAAAGGGUUUGUUUGUAGGAGAAUGUAUUUGUGUUCUCGUGUGUGUGUGUGUGUGUGUGUGUGUGAGAGAGAGAAAGUGAACAAAAGAGAAUGAAUGAAUGUGUGUUUGAGUUUUAAAAGCAGCUAUAGCAUGUUCUUCUGACUUUAAUGUUUCUAAAGCAUUGCCGUUUUGUCAUUAUUAUUAUUUCUUCAUCAAAGUAGUUUAGUAUUGUUUUUUCCCUGCUUUCCUCAACCCUUUCUGAACAGAUUUGGAAGCCAUUUUGGGGUUGUGACCACUGCUGUAAAUCAUACUAAGCUUUAUUAAAUUUCUUAAAUUUUAAAUCAAAAUAUUUGAUUAAUUUUGUCCUUUAGCACAUCUAAGUUUAU